UUGACAGUUGUGACAUACCUAUUGUAAUUUUGAUAUCUGACAUUGACAAAUGACGAUGGAGCAGAUUAAGAGUGUUGAUGAGGAUCAGCUCUGUGCAACUUGUAUCUCCAGGCUACGAGAUGCAUGUAAUUUUAAAUGUAUGAUAAUCAAAUCCCAAAGAUUAUUAAUGCAGGAAGGUGCUUGUGAUGAGGAUACUUUAAAUAUUAAACUAGAGCAUGUGAAACCAGAAAGCAGCUUUCACAGUGACACUGAUGAUGAUACAGCAAAUGACACGGCAGAUGAUACUAAAGAUAUGCUAGAGAGGAACGUAGAAAUGGAAAAUUUUGAAGUUGAGCCUAAUGACUCUAAAUUAGACGAGUCUGAUGAAAGCGGACCGUCAAAACGAAGGUGGCCGAAAAGGUUGCCACGAAACGAGAGGAACAAGCGAUAUAUGCAAUACACUGAGGACGAACGUAAGAGCUUAGAGGCGGUGAGAAGCCAGAAAAUGUCAACGCGCGAAGCGGCGCAGUACUACAAAGUGCCGUGCAAGACGCUUGCUGCCAAGUUGAAACUAGAAACAGAUAGUGAGUACUUAUGCACUCUUAAUAUGCCGGAAGCAAACAAAAAGAAAAGAAUGUCAGUAGAUGUAAAGGAGACAAAAUGUGCUAUAAAUGGGGAACAGAAGGGACGGCGCAUGCGCACGCGUACGCCGCGGAAAACCAAACAACACAAAGACGAGAAGGCGGAGAGCGCCGCGCUGCAAGAGAUGAAGAAGCACAAAGAAAAUAUACAUACUAUAUUACUGUAUUCAAAUGCGUCCAUGGUAAAAGGGCAGUGGGGCGGCAAGUACGCAUGUUGCUUCUGCGACGAAAAAUUCCCGAAACCGGCCGAACUCAAACGUCACAACCUCGACGUACACGAAGAUGCACACACUAAAGCGAUACACGUGAAAUAUGUCUCCGAUCUGAUAAUCAAACUAGACAUCACAGCGCUGCGCUGCCUCGUCUGCGGCGGCAAGAUCGACUCACUAGAUCUCCUCAUGAACCAUCUCAAGGAACACAACAAAACAAUACACACAGAUAUCAAAAACCAUAUAAUUCCUUUCAAGUUUGAAAGUGAUGUGUUACAGUGCGUGGCGUGUACGAAACAGUAUCCGUUCUUCAAAACGUUGUCCGAACACAUGAACGAACAUUACAGAAACUACGAGUGCGUAAACUGCGGCCGAGGGUUCAUCAACAAGCAGUCGAUGCAGACGCACAGCUACCGACAUCAGAAGAACGUGGGCGUGUUCAAGUGCACGCACUGCCCGCGCGAGUUCGACACGCGGCACCGGCGCAGCGCACACGUGCGCAAGACGCACCUGCACGGCAGCAAGACGCGCAAGUGCCACGCCUGCGACGAGCGCUUCUCGUCCAGCGCGCAGGUGCAGAUGCACAUGGUGAAGGCGCACGGCGGCGCCCGGGAGUACAAGUGCGACGCGUGCGACAAGAGCUACCCAACGGGCGCGCUGAGCCUGCACAAGCGGCGCUACCACCUGAUGCUGCGCCCGCACAAGUGCGCGGAGUGCGAGAUGGCUUUUUCUAAGAUGGAGCUGCGCUCGCACAUGGUGACGCACACGCGCACCAAGGAGUUCCAGUGCGAGAUCUGCGACAAGCGCUUCGGCACCAAGUGCUGCCUCAACCAGCACAUGCGCGCGCACUUCGGCAUCAAGCACUACCGCUGCGACUGGUGCGACUUGAAGUUCGCCGCGCGCUCUAAGAUGAAGCUGCACAUGCUAAGGAAACAUAGAGAAGUGGUGUAAUCAACGCGGGCAGUCAUUUUCGGAUUACAGUUUCAAAUGUAGAUGGAUGAUGUAUCUGCAGACUACAGUGAAAUUCUUACAGAACAGACAGUUUAAGAUCGAUGAAAACACGGAACGUUUAAAAUCUUUGACGUUAUCAAUGGGGUUCCUCAAGUCAAAUGUCUUUAUGGUGUGUGUAAACAUGAUAGAGAUAGUAAAGUAGUUUCCAAUUAGUUUUAUCAAAUACUAGAAAGAGUCGAAUAUAUUAUUCUGGCUAUCUAACAAAAAUAGUUUCACCUUACCCAAAUCGUUCUCAUGAAGUACUUACAGCGUGUCGGCGAGCUUACCACUAAUUGAAAACCAUUAAUCUAAACAAAAUAGCGUCUCGACUGUUAGCCAAAGGAGUUUU